AUGAAGCACAUCUCCCAGAUUGCUCAGCGCCUCAUCCCCGGCAAGAGCCAUGGAUCGUUCCCAAAGACGGCCGACCAAAAGGCCCUCGAGCGACAACGCGGCGAAAUGGAUUCGUUUAUGCUCUCUUUUUCCACCCAUGAAGCCAUCUGCGAAUCUAUCCGCCGCACCCUCUUUGAGAUCUACAAGGCGCGCAACAUGUCCGGCAUGCUCCUCCGCGAACUCCGUGUAGAGGACUUUGCACAGCUAAAAGAUGGCUUCAAGGGAACAUUUGAGCAACGAAUCAGCGAACUCGAGGACGAGAUGGAGACGAUCCUGGACAGUAUGGACCGUGACAAGCUCUGUGCACGCGUUGUUGAACUCCUUAACGCUGCUUUGGUGGCCGCGAGUUAUGGUGGAACGUUUGAUGACGAGGUCUACGAGAGCUGGAAGGCUGAGACCCUCUCAAGUGAUCUUCCUCGCAGAGGCUCCUCCAUCUCCGCCUUGACAACUCCAUCGCGUAUCCUCGCUCACGUCGACUUUGACGAUGCGCGGACGUUGCCAUGA